CGAACGCCCGUACUUUCGCGCGCCCGUAAACUACGAUUUUUAAAUUUCGAACGCGCCUUAAAACCUUCUCUUUUCAAAACUCUUUCGAAUGAUUUUCAGUCUUUUAUUGUCUGUGGAUUACGUGACUUUUGGCGGGUAAAUAAAUGAAUAAUCGCUGUACAAUUGUGUACUUCACUGUAUCAUUUUGCUAAGUGCUGUAAGUAAGUUUUCUGAAGUGUACGCUUGGAGAGAUUUUCGUGCGAGCGUCCUGAAAUUUAUUAAUUGGGCAGAAGCAGCAUGGCAUGAGCGGGCGGGUGGGCGCGACAUGCGGCGAGCGCCGCUCGCGCAGCCCGCCGCCGUCGCUCUUGCGCUCUUCAUUCUUCUUCACUUCGUUAACGCUGGAUCAAUGGGUCCUGGUGUACCAGAGAAUAUAACUGUCACCUUCUUGAACCCGACCACGGUGAGGGUAUCGUGGUCGACCGCCGCGGAUCUAGUUGAGAAGUAUGACGUGACGUACAAACCGUCUGACGCAAGUUACAGAGUGGUAUUGGAAGUGGCAGGUAACUCCGAUGCAGUUAUUCUGAGCGGAUUGGAAGCCGAUACACAGUAUCAAGUGACUGUCGCCGCUUUGUGGGGCGGCCAUAAGUACCGCAGCAGGCCUAUUGUCUUCCGCACCCUGGAGCCGCCUCGGACUUCGCCGCAGGAGGGGGGGCCGGCGACGCCUCGCUCCUCCGUCUCCCCGCCCGACCCUUCGCCUACCUUCCCCACGAUCCGUGGCGUGGAAAUCGGCAUCGUAGUGUUAGUGCUGAUCGUAUGGAUAGGGGCGAUAGCGCUGUUCUUCAAUAGAUGGGGAAAGAUUCGAAUGUUACUACCAUAUCAACCUGAUUACAAACAGGAACAAUUAAAGGUGCCAGGAAGUAGUGCGUUGGCCGCAGCAGCUGCUGGCGGUACUUGUGGAGGACAUUCCGCACCAUCUGCCUGCUCGCAUAUGCGCUGGUCGCACACACACACGCAGAGCUUGGAGUGCGAGGAGCGGCUGUUGUCGCGCUGCAGUCGGCCGCGCGUCAACUCCGCCAUCUUUGUGUCCGCGGAGCCAGCCGGCUUCGCUGGCUUCGACCCCGGCGAGUUCCUACGCAGACACGGCUCACAAUCCAAAUUGUGUCGGAAAGCAAGAUCUGCUGAUAACAUACCUCUAACAACAAUGAGUGACUCAUCGGAAAGACUUUGCAAAGCCAAAGCGCCACGGGAAGAGACCAUAAGCGAAGAAGGUAAAUCUGACGACAGCGGCAGCAUUGAGACCGUGAGACACUUCGGUCUGCCGAUACUUUCGGUGUCUGGCCCUUCGCCCCCGGACGAAGAUUACGAUCAAAUUGAUGAGUACCUGUAGCAUUUCCAUACCAGUUUCCAGUUAAAAUACGUCCUGGAGAAGAUGCGACCGCCUUGGCCAUCUCCCAUUCAGAGUCCAAAAUCAGACGAAGAGCGACUCUAAAUUGACGUUCUGGAAACUGAGGAAUGACUUCUAUCUUGUAUCUGAUUGUUUCAUCAGUCUCAAACUACAACGAUUUUCGCCUGAACUGUUUACUAAGUGUGUCUUGCUAAGGGACCAUAGUGUUUAGUGUGUUUUUUUCGUGUCCUUACUCCUUUAGAUGAUUCGUAAUAUUAUAUUCCCUUAUUCUCUAUUGAGUGCUAAGCUAUUAAGUGUAAGUGAUUCAAUAUCUAUAUUAUAUUACACCUUAUUAGUGUAAGUAAGAAGAGCACAAAAUUCAUUAUUAAAUUUUAACAGUGCCACUCCUAUUGUUAGUUUAUACACAAUGGUGUCUAUAAAUAUAUUCUUAUAAGCAAUUUCUUGUAAAGUACAUAAUCUAGCUAUGUAAAUCUCCAAUAUCUUAGAUAAUUCAACAAAUUCCUUUUGUAGAAUGCAAUGAUUUAAUCAUUUUAAUGUAGAAAAAUAAUCUUAUUAAUAAUUACUAUUAAUUGUCGUAAUUACGUCACAUGUAAUAUCGAUUUCUAGUAGGAGUUAUGAGGAGUAUUAAAGGUUGAAUUUUGGUCCAAUGAAAUGUAAUUGCACGAGGUGUCUAGAAUUUAAGAUUCUAUUGAAUUAAUGGAGAAACAUCGAGGAUUGAAAAAGGUAGAAGUGAUUAAAAUUAAUUUCUCUUUAUGCAAUCUAGUGAGUCUUGAUUAGCGAUAAAUAUUAUAUAAGUGUGUGGUGUUUUUUGGCGAAUUUGUAUGAUUUUGAAUAUAUAAUUUUCUGUAGAUUGACUAAUAAUAUAACCAGUCAAUUAUGAGAUCUUUAACUUGUAAAUUACUGUACAGAAUUACGCGUAGGAUCGAUUAAAAAUGAGGCACUAAUUUAGUGUCUAUCUGAGUUAUGAAACUGAUUAAUUAUUAAUUACGUUUGAAAUUUAUUAUGUUGGUACUGGAUUUGGGACCAGACGGUACGGCAUGUAAAUUGUUUAUUUAAUUAAAAUCAGUAACCGUGGGUUUCAACUCACGGUAUACAAAAACAUAUUGCGUUUAACUCCGAUAUUACAAUGAGUACAUGAGGGACAGCAAUAAAUGUUUGCACAAUUGCUUUGACAGAAAACCACUAUAAGGGUUUCAAACUUGAAUAGUUUAUAUUCAAGUUAUAUGUGUCACCUCCGUUUAUGGCCUUACAAAUAGAAAAAUUUGGAGAUUUUUGGAUCUGUCGCAACGUUUUGUUAGCGACUCAUGGCAUAGUUUGUGUUUUAAUCUUAUUAAACAUUUAUUUAUGAAAACAAGCUUAAACUGCAAUUCAUCACUUCAGUAAAUAUGUAGUGUCCAGUUUUAGUUAUGUUUUAAUAUAAAUUGUAAUUCCAAAUGAUAAACCAAAGAAGUAAGGAAAAAUCAAAUAUCUUUUUUUAAUUAGUUUAAGAAUAUUCCGUAACAAGUCACUGGGAGAAAACUUUACAGCGUUAUCGCACUUAAUAUAUGCCGAUAAAUAUUUAUAACCUUAAAAAUAAUCGAUUUUACACGUAAGAUUAUUAAUUCCCUCCAUUAUUAUAUAGACUCAUUAACAGCAUAUUAUUAAAA